UUUAUUCCAUAUUCUCCUCCUACUUUGAACUUGCUGUUGCCCUGGAGCUCACUUGUUUGAAUAGGGACUGAAGUACUGAGCUGAGAUCACUGUGGGUUGGGAGGCUCCUAAGAAACUUUGUUUUCCUUCAGCGCCUUACUGGGGAUAUAUCAAGUUGGGAUUUACAAUGAAGAAAGAGUCCUUCUAGCCGGGACCUUUGGACAAUUAAAACUAAAGGGUGAAGAGGAGUACAGACAGUAAUUGGACUAGCCAUAAUCAUCUGGAGACAGGUAGUAAACAAUUGACCCAGGCACGCCUCUCUCCACGCCAACACCUGAUAUUUCUACCACAGCAUGUGUAGGUGGGACGAGCACUUCUUCAUGAUGGCCACCUUUGACACUGUAAUGUGAGAGAAGAAAAACACUCCAAGCAUCACUUUUCUCAAGCCCUUGUAGAAACAAAACCCAGAGGACAGAUCUGGUCUCCGUAACAUUGGAUUGUUAGUAAAGAACCAUCUGGAAACUAGCACAAACUUUACUGGUGGAGUAGACUGAAGGAUUAUACUGGCGGAUUUAACCAGAAAUUAUUGGAAAGGUUUUUAAAUCACCAUGGAAAUACCAUCUCCAAAAGUGAAGUCCAAGAAUAAGUCAGCUCUUCUGUCAGUCAAUGGAGAUGAUCCAAACUUUAUAUUUCUGUUUGAAAAUAUUGUUGAUGUGGUGGAAAGAUGUAUGAGUUCUAUGCAAGCUGGUACUCAGAUGAUCAAACUACGUGGUAGCUCCAAAGGUUUGGUUCGUUUCUACUACCUGGAUGAACACAAAUCUUGUAUCCGCUGGAGACCUUCGAGGAAGAAUGAAAAAGCCAAGAUAUCAAUUGAUACCAUCCAAGAGGUCUGUGAGGGGAAGCAGUCAGAGAUCUUCCAGCGCUAUGCUGAUGGCAGCUUUGACCCCAACUGUUGCUUCAGUAUCUACUAUGGGGAUCACAUGGAGUCUCUGGAUUUGGUGUCCUCAUGUGGUGAAGAAGCUCGGACGUGGAUAACUGGUCUAAAGUACCUGAUGGCAGGUAUCAGUGAUGAAGAUAGCCUUUCUAAGCGUCAAAGAACCCGGGACCAAUGGUUGAAGCAGACUUUUGAUGAAGCAGAUAAGAAUGGAGAUGGAAGCCUGAGCAUAAAUGAGGUUCUGCAACUAAUGCACAAACUAAAUGUCAACCUGCCUCGCCAGAAAGUAAAGCAAAUGUUCAAGGAAGCGGAUACUGAUGAUAACCAAGGAACACUUGGCUUUGAUGAGUUCUGUGCAUUCUACAAGAUGAUGUCGACAAGGAGGGAUCUCUACCUACUGAUGCUCACGUACAGCAAUCACAAGGACCACUUAGAUCCAGAUGACCUGAAGAGAUUCCUAGAAGCGGAACAGAAGAUGAUGAAUGUCACAAAAGAGUAUUGCCUGGAGAUCGUGGAUAAAUUCGAGCCUUGCCCAGAAAACAAAAAGGAUGGAGUCUUGGGGAUUGAUGGAUUCACCAACUACAUGCGCAGCCCAGCAGGAGAUAUCUUCAAUCCCGAACAUCAUCAAGUGAAUCAAGACAUGACCUUGCCGCUCAGCAACUAUUUCAUUGCAUCCUCUCAUAACACCUACCUGAUGGGUGACCAGCUCAUGUCUCAGUCCCGUGUGGACAUGUAUGCUUGGGUGUUACAGGCUGGAUGCCGCUGUGUAGAAGUUGAUUGCUGGGACGGACCAGAUGGAGAGCCCAUCGUCCAUCAUGGAUACACCUUGACUUCCAAAAUCCUGUUCAAGGACGUCAUUGAAACUAUUAACAAGUAUGCAUUCAUCAGAAAUGAAUACCCUGUCAUCUUGUCCAUUGAAAAUCACUGUAGUGUGCUGCAGCAAAAGAAAAUGGCUCAGUAUUUGAUUGAAAUCCUGGGAGACAAGUUAGAUCUUUCUAAUGUGCUUAAUGGGGAUUCAACAAAGCUUCCUUCUCCGGAAACCCUGAAAGGGAAGAUCUUAGUGAAGGGAAAGAAACUUCCAGCCAGUAUUAGUGAUGAUGCGGAAGAAGGAGAAGUCUCGGAUGAAGACAGUGCCGAUGAGAUAGACGAUGACUGCAAGCUAAUUAAUGGCGAUGCUUCCACCAAUAGGAAGCAAGUGGAAAACAUAGCAAAGAAGAGACUUGACUCCUUGAUGAAGGAAUCCAAAAUCCGGGACUGUGAGGAUCCGAACAAUUUUACAGUGACCACUCUGACGCCCACCGGAAAACUGAAAUCAGAAUUAAAGAAGAAAUGUAACUCUGGAUCUGCAGUUGAAAGAUCUACGAGUAAGACAGAAGAGGAGACUGAGUCAGGAGAAGAACCUAGCCCCAAUAAACGUCACAGUCGCUCCUUAAUGGGAAGCUUUUCCAAGCGCAAGAAAAAAGGAGCCCGGAUUAAAAAGAGCUCAAGUUUGGAAGAAGGAGAUGACAGUCUAGACCGGCAAGGAAGCAUUGCGCGGCCCUCUGUACAUUACAGCAGAAUAAACCGGCAGAAGAAGACCAUGAAACUCUCAAGAGCAUUGUCAGAUCUGGUGAAGUAUACAAAGUCAGUGGGUAUCCACGAUGUGGAAACAGAAAUUUCUAGCAGCUGGCAGGUAUCUUCAUUUAGUGAGACAAAAGCUCAUCAGAUCCUUCAGCAGAAACCCGUACAGUUUCUUAGAUUCAACCAGCACCAGCUGUCCCGCAUCUACCCUUCUUCCUACAGAGUGGACUCUAGUAACUACAACCCCCAGCCUUUCUGGAAUGCUGGUUGCCAGUUAGUUGCUUUAAAUUACCAGUCAGAGGGUCGAAUGUUGCAGCUUAAUCGAGCGAAGUUCAGCAGCAAUGGGAGCUGUGGUUACUGUCUGAAGCCGAAAUGCAUGUGUCAAGGUGCCUUUAAUCCAAAUUCUGAGGACCCCCUACCAGGGCAGUUAAAGAAGCAGCUAGUUCUCAGAAUAAUCAGUGGACAACAGCUUCCAAAACCAAAGGAUUCCAUGCUGGGAGACCGUGGAGAGAUCAUUGAUCCUUUUGUAGAAGUUGAGGUUAUCGGUUUGCCUGUAGACUGCUACAAAGAGCAAACUCGGGUCGUAGAUGAUAACGGUUUCAAUCCAAUGUGGGAAGAAACGUUGGUGUUUACCAUUCACAUGCCUGAAAUCUCCCUGAUUCGCUUCCUAGUCUGGGACCAUGAUCCAAUAGGGCGAGACUUCAUUGGGCAGAGAACCAUUUCAUUGAGCAGUAUGAUGCCAGGUUAUCGACAUGUAUACCUGGAAGGUAUGGAAGAGGCAUCCAUUUUUGUUCAUAUAGCAAUUAAUGACAUCAGUGGUAAGGUCAAGCAGGCCGUGGGCUUAAAAGGUCUGUUUCUGAGAAAUCCAAAACAAGCAUCUCUGGACAGUCAUGCUGUUGGACAGCUUCACCGGAAACAUUCCAUUAGUAGUCAUAUAUUAAGAAGAACUGCCAGCGCUCCAACGAAAGGCCAGCAAAAAAACAAAAAGGGCUUUCCAGAAAUUGCAAUUGACUCCAAAGACAACAGCUCAGAAGGAGCUAGUGAAGAAAGGGAGACGGACGAUUCAUCUAUACCCCGCUUUGAUAAAGAGCCUGAAAGUGCUUCUCCGGUUCCUCUGUCCAGAGAAAGUACUCCCACGGCAUUACACGGCAAGAGUUUGAAAGAUGCCAGACAAAUUUCCAUUUGUAGGUCGGUCUCUUCUUUAUGCAGUCUGGAAACUAUUACAGAAGAACCCAUCUUUGCCAAGCACGUACCUCUUCCUGGUCCUACAUUUCUCCAGCCUGUUGCCUCAAUUAUUAAUGAAGACCUUAAAGGGUGUAAGGAUUCAACGGGAUCUCAAUCUGAAUGUUCUAGUGUAGCUAGUAGCUCUGAUGAUACCUACAGAGCAAACCGAAUAAAUGACCUUGCCUUAGGCAAGAUAAUCCAACCAACCAAUGGUCCAAUCACAAGCACUGAAAAAACAUGCAAAAAUAAAAAUGCUAAUCCACACAAUAAUGCCAGUGGCAAACAUGAAACCACAAUUACCAUAAAUGCUAUGAACAUAAAGCCAGGAAUGUCUUUAUUAGCUGAUGUCUCAAGGGAGAACAUGGGCCGUCAGGCAAAAGGGAGUCAAGGGAAAUGGUUCUUUGUUCAAAGGAGUAAUAGUUCAGAGACACCAACAAUUGUCCAAUCUUCAGAACCACAAAUAAAGCUCACCCCAGUAAUAAACCCUUUACCUCCUGGUAUUCUAAGACCAAAGCCCCAACAAUCAUCUAUGAUCCGUACUGGACAUCCUGUACCUGUCAGAAGAACAAAGAGUGAAGGUCAUGUUCUUUCAAAUAGCUCAGCCUUAAACUCAACAUUACAAUCUCCUGUGGCAGAGGUGUAUUCUGAUGCCACCAUUAAUGAUAGGAUAUGGAGCAAAUUAGAACUGAACAGUCAUAGGGACAGCAUGUCGUCGUCUUCCAGUAAAUCUUCUAAUGACACAGUAAUUGACCUUUCUUUGCCCAAUUUAGCACAGAAACAUUUGCUGGACCUUGAUAUUUCUGAUGAUAACUUUGAUAGUAUUAAUUUACAAAAUAGCAUCCGACCGAGGUCAGCAACUACUUUAGCCAGAGGAAUAUCUUUUGGAGUAACAAAAAGCAAAUCUAAUCCUAAUUUAAUAUCUAGCACCCAAGCAGUAGAUGAACUUUGUCCUAGGCCUCUAGGUAGACGUCCUGAGGAAGUAUUGCCACCCUUACCACGAAGGAACACAUGGAAUAGACUAUAUGUAGAGAGCCUCAAACAGACCAUUAGAAAACCCAACACUAAUAAAGCAACAGCCACCCAGUCAAUGUCCAAAAGUCUUGGGGACCUGACCUCAGAUGAUAUAUCAUGCAAUUUUGAAAGCAAGUAUCGAAGCAUAAGCAGAAGCUUUAUUACAAGGUCUAUGAGAGCUCAGAGGAGACCUGCUGGUAUAAAUGCCUCCACUAAGUCUACAGAUUCACUCACAGAGCAACUCAAGAAGCUGACAAGUUUUGAGAAGGAAAAUGACAUUACUUCUCCCACCGAAUUUCAACCUGUUCAGUAUGAAGAUGAGAGCAUGAAUCUUUUUAGGAGAACAUCCUCCAGAAGCCAGAGCAGAGUAAGGUACAUUGCCAACCGAGCAAAACAAGCCCAAGAGCGACAAAGACUUCAAAAUCUAGUCAAUUGUAAUUCCAUAGAGGAAAGAGGAAAUCCAGAAGGAGCUUGUGCAAUAACCAAAGGGUUCUGUAUGGAUUCUCUUUCAACCACUAAGUUUACAUCGGAAUCCUUGGAUAAAUUUGGACCACAAUAAUACACUGUUGUGACUAAAUAUGUCUACGUAGCAUUUACAUCAUGUAUAUGAAAAAUUGUCAAUGCAAAAUAUACCUCGAUGGGGAGAGUUCUAUAAUUUAAUUUUUGGAUUUGACUGGACUCCUGAAAUUCUAAAGCACUUAUAGUACUGUAUAUAUUUUUUAAUUCUUAGGUUUACAUUGGCUUUGCAAUACUCUAUUGGACACUAUUACGUUUCGAUAUUCCCAGAAUACAUUGAUUUUGUCCAUUUAUUCAUGGAGACCUGUUCUCUCUUCUACCGAAUACUUUUCUUGACCAUCCAGUAUGUUAACAAUUUUCUGCACUGCUUUACCAAUGUGAAACGUGAUAUUUUCAAACUGCUGCUGCAUAUAGCACCUUUAAGGUAUAAUUUUAUUUUUUGCACUGCCAUAUAAAAUUUUCAGAAUAUGGUAUGUUUUAAAACAUAAAUACCAAUCUAAAAUCAUUUAAAGCCCCUUUGUAUAUAUUAUUGAUGUCAAACAAUUUUUUUUCCUAAAACCUUAAAAAUGUUUUCAAUGUUUAUUUGCGUCAGCAGCCUAGAUGUAUGUUUUACAAUGCGGUUAGAUAAUUUUUUACUUUAACGUCCAUUAUUAUUUUUUUAUUCAUUUAGUUUAUUUUAUUCCUUGGUUAUACUAAUCUUUAAUAUAUUAAAUGUUUUAACGAACAGUUUGUAAGCUACCAAAAUCUACUAAAUCAAAUUAUUUAGCCGUAUAAUAUUGACUUUAUUUGCAAAAAAUAUUUUUGUUUUUUUAAGAAUUUAAAUAUUUGGGGUGUGUCUAGAAGAAGAGUAAAUUAAGUCUUCAAAAUUCUCAAACGCAUGCUACUUAGCUCAGCCAGAUCAGAGACCCCAUCCAAAAGGUUGAGUGACCUAUCGUUGGAUGGCUGUUUCUGGAUUAUUUCCCCUCAUCAGUACAGGACAGGGUCAUUUUUUUCAGUGUUCAUUUAUGCCAGCACCCUUAGAUGUAUGUUUUAGAACGUGGUUAGAUGAUUUGUUUUUUUCUUUAAAUGUCCGUUAAUUUUAAUUUUUUUUUAAAUGAAUUUAGUUAAUUUUAUUCCUUGGUUAUACUAAUGUUCAAUAUAUUAAAUGUUUUA